AUGAAGGACACUUCACUGAUUCCUGACAUUGGAAAUGAAAAAGACGAAGAGAACAAGGCGAAGAAUGACACAGAGAAGAAGGAGUCAUCAGAAGAUCCAUCCAUGAAGGACACUUCACUGAUUCCUGACAUUGGAAAUGAAAAAGACGAAGAGAACGAGGCGAAGAAUGACACAGAGAAGAAGGAGUCAUCAGAAGAUCCAUCCAUGAAGGACACUUCACUGAUUCCUGACAUUGGAAUUGAAAAAGAUGAAGAGAAUGAGGUGAAGAAGGAGACAUUGGAAGCUCCAUCCAUGAAGGACACUUCUCUUAUUCUUGACAAAGGACGUGAAAAAGAUGAGGAAAAUGUGGUGAAGAUUGACACACAAAGGGAGACAAAAGAAGAGUCCUCCAACAUGAAGGAUAGUUCUCUGAAUUCUGAAGAAGAAGUCACAGCUGAAGUAGGUGCAUCUCAUGAUGAAGUCUCUGAAAACUUUGAAAGUGUGAACGUCCCCGAUGUGGCUCCCACUUCUGAGCGAGCAGAGAGCAGCAGAGAUGAUGUUCCCUGUGUGGACGACAUCACCACAGGUCAAGAGUUGGACGAGGAGGACAGAGAACAACCAGUGUCCCAUGAGGAGGGCAGUGAUCGUGAUGGACCUGCCAGGCUGCAUCCUGAGAGUCCUGCACAGGAGGCUGAAGAAGACAAGUCAUUUGCUGCUGCUGAAGACAUCACCUAUGAGGAGACCAGGCAGCUCCACCAGGAGCUGUGUAAGGAGAGGGAGAAGUCCAGCCAACUCAACAGCCAGCUGCAGGUGAAGCGGGCAGACUAUCUCCGCAGGAAGGCCCGGGACGACCCCCAGCCGGAGAGGGAGACGCCUGUGUCGGAGCAGCUGCAGGAGUACGAGCGACACGUGAACGUCCUCGGUGAGGUGAAGCAGCAGCUCGCGGCUGACGCUGAGACCAUCCGGCAGAAGACGGAGGAGCUGCGGUUACUGUCCCAGGAGAACCUGGACAAGGCAGAAAGUGAGUGGCAGGCGUUCAUGACACUGAAGCAGCAGGUAACCGUGGCGACGCUGAGCCGAUCUCUGGGCAAACAAGAGGCUCAGACCAAAGUGGAGUCGACACUGGCAGCAGAGCGGCUCCGGCAGGACGAGCUCGUCAAGCUGCGCCUGAGGCACAUCAAGCUCAAGACGAAGAUCCACAGGCUGGAGGCGGAGCUCCGAGACGUGGAGGAGCACGGCAGGGACCCCCUGCAGCUUCAGUAUGAGCAGCUGCAGGCCGCGAGGCUGGAGCAGAAGAAACAGGCCGAGAAGCAAAGCGAGGAAUCGAUGAAGCUGCAGGCGAAGAUCAGCAGCGGCUUAGAGGUCCUGACCAACGUUAAGGAGAAGCUGUUCUGGACGCAGAGGGACGUCCAAGCCAAGCGAGAGCAGCUGGCAGAGGUGGAGGCCAUGGUGGCCAGGAAGAGGGACAUCCUGACCAGGAUGAAGCAGGCACGCAACAGGCUGCAGAGAGACAACCAGAGGCUGAAGGAGAGGCGAGGACUUCUGGGGAACAAGGUCCUGCUCCGGGACUUUGAGGACACCGUGGACGCCUCUGACGUCCUGAGGGAGCGACUGGAGAUGCUGAAGUGCCGCCAAACUGAGAUUGUCCUCGGCUGUGCUCGAUGGAAGAAGCUGGAGACAAAUCCAUGAAAGGACCGAGCAAAGGGACUUAAAAGGGCUAGUUUCAUCGUAGAGGACAAUGCUCCGUUUAGUAAAAAGGUUAGAACAUAAACUAAGUCACAUGAUCACCUAACCAGAUCCGGGAAUCAGUUUAUGAAGCAAUUAGCAUUUUUAUGUGAUGUACAACGUGCUUUACACAAUAAAACCAGAUCUUAUCUUUUGGUAAUCUGCAAUGUUUGAACAAAAACAGCACUAAUAAUAAAAAUAAGAAUAAAUCUACACUUUUAUUCUGGCAUUUCUGUUAAAAAAAAUGGAUUUUUAAAUCUCUUGGAUUGAAUUAAAACCCAUAAAAUUGUAACCAAUGGUUCACAUGAGGUUGCAUGAUCUCCUGUUAGACUCCUGGUCAGUCAGUAGAUGGUGCUGUUGUUCAGUAGUGUGUGUUCAGACAUCCGAGUGUAGCGUCCCUCCUAAUCAAAGACGUAUUUCAGAUUAUUUCUUUCUUACCUUACCUUAAUGGCUGUGAGUAUUUAUGAAAGUGAAGAAUUGCAAAGAUGUCUCACUGUAAUCACGAUAUGACAAUAAAGAACCUUAAAUCUU